AUGACUUUGUUGUCAUUGCAGAAUACCUUGGAGUCUGCCUUUCUGAAUAUCUGCCACAACAUUGUGUCAGCCAUUACAGUUUCGGACGAGCCAGAACGCGUCACCCGCUGGUGCUGCGGGGACCACUCAUGUUCCGCCAGCCCGCUGCCUGUUGCCCUGCACUGCUGCGGCCAGCGCGGAACCGUGGCUCUGCUCGUAGUGCUUCUGUCCUUGGUGGUGGGUGUGUUGGGGAACGAGUUUAGUAUAUUAAGAUCACCAGAGUAUGUUGUUUUCCGUGAUGGAAAUUGGCCUAUACCAGGAGAGCGAAUCCCAGACGUGGCUGCGUUAGCCAUGCGCUUCUCUGUGCAAGAAGACAUUCCUUGGCCGGGACUUGUGGGUAACCUGUUCCGUCGUCUUCGAGCUACCAUUAUGGUGAUGGUGAAGGGAAUAGACAAACUUUUUCUACUCUCAGGCAGUGUCCUUUCUUAUCCUCUGGAGAAUGCAGCUCCUUUUAGUCUUGACAGCGUGGCAAAUUCCAUUCACUCCUUAUUUUCUGAAGAAACACCAAUAGUUUUGCAGGUGGCUCCUACUGAGCAAAGAGAGCAUAUGGUGGGGAAGGCAAACUCAGUUUUUGAUCUUUCAGUCACGUUAGGACAGCUCCACAAUCGCCUGUUUCAAGAAAACUCUAUUCUUAAUUCACUUCCCCUCAGUUCUCUAAGUGGAGACAAUGAAGUUGAUCUCUUUCUUUCUGAACUGCUAGUUCUGUGUGAUAUUUCAGGUUUGUUGUCUCAGCAUGAGCACCUAGCCAAGGAUCAUUCUCCUGAUUUAUAUGCACUGGAGCUGGCAGGUUUGGAUGAAAUUGGGAAACAUUACGGAGAAGGUUCUGAACAAUUCAGAGAUGCUUCUAAGGUCCUUCUUGAUGCUGUGCGAAAGUUUGCAGAUGACAUGUAUAGUCUUUAUGAUGGGAAUGCAGUGGUAGAGCUAGUGACUGUCCGAUCAUUUGACACAUCCUUUGUGAGGAAGACAAGGACUAUCCUUGAGGCAAAACAAGAGGAGAGCCCACCAAGUCCCUAUAAACUUGCAUAUAAGUAUAAUUUUGAGUAUCCAGUGGUUUCCAACAUGGUACUUUGGAUAAUGAUGGCCUUGGCCUUGGCUGUGAUUGUCAUCUCUUAAAAUAUUUGGAACAUGGAUCCUGGAUAUGAUAGCAUCAUUUGUAGGAUGACAAAACAGAAGAUUUGAAUGGAUUGA